AAUUAAAAUAUUCUGAUAUCCCAAUUUUUUUUACAGAGACCAAUAAUCAGCAUUCAUGGCAGUGGGUGCACCAUGUCCACACCUCCACAUAAUAGACAAAUCGUACAGUGCUCGCAUCAUUGCUGAGAAGAAAGAGGGCACAUGCGAGUGGUGCGGCGCGGGCGGGACGAGCCUGUGGCUGUGCCUGUACUCAGGCUGCAUGCGCAUCGGGUGUGGGGAGGCCCAUGCCGACCACUCUUCCUGGCACAACAACCAGUUCCCGUCUCACUGUAUCACCCUUAACCUCACCAACCACCGCGCCUGGUGCUACAUGUGCGAGAUGGAGGUAACAGCAUCAGUGAAAGCCAGCCUCAGCAUCCCCCCGGGUCAGCAACAGCACUUGGGGGGUCCCAUCAGCGCCCCCGGGGUCAGCUUGGCACAGCCUAUUACGCCAGGGGAAUCGAGCGCUGAGGAAGAGGAAGAAGAGGAUGAGGAGGAGGGGGAAGAUGUGAAGGCUAGAGGACUUGUUGGGCUGCGAAACCUUGGCCUGACAUGCUACAUGAAUGCAGCACUGCAAGCCCUAAGCAACUCUAUGCCCCUCGCACACUUCAUGAUUGAGUGCCCAGCCUUCCUGAGAACAGAUCGCAAGACACCUGGUCUUGCACGACCCUUUCAGAGGCUCAUGCUAGAGAUGUGGCACAGGAAGAGACCCAGCUUUGUCACACCAUCGGUUCUGUACCAUGGCUUCAAGCAG